AUGUCACCGGGUCAGAAGAAAAAAUCUAGCAGGGACAUUUCAGGUAAAGGUUCAUCUUCCUAUACAGCCACUGAAACUGAACCACAACAAAUGUCACCAGCUCAGAAGAAAAAAUCUAGCAGUGGCACUUCACGGGAAGGUUCAUCUUCCAAUACAGACACUGAAACUGAACCACAACAAAUGUCACCGGCUCAGAAGAAAAAAUCUAGCAGUGACACUUCAGGGGAAGGUUCAUCUUCCUAUACAGACACUGAAACUGAACCACAACAAAUGUCACCGGCUCAGAAGAAAAAAUCUAGCAGUGGCACUUCAGGGAAAGGUUCAUCUUCCUAUACAGACACUGAAACUGAACCACAACAAAUGUCACCGGCUCAGAAGAAAAAAUCUAGCAGUGACAUUUCAGGAGAAGGCUCAUCUUCCUAUACAGACACUGAAACUGAACUACAACAAAUGACACUGGCUCAGAAGAAACUUCAGGGGAAGGUUCAUCUUCCUAUACAGACACUGAAACUGAACCACAGCAAACGUCACCAGCUCAGAAGCAAAAAUCUAGCAGUGACACUUCUGGGGAAGGGUCAUCUUCCGAUACAGACACUGAAACUGAACCACAACAACUGCCACCGGCUGAGAAGAAAAAAAUCUAGCAUUGACACUUCAGGGGAAGGUUCAUCUUCCUAUACAGACACUGAAACUGAACUGCAACAAAUGUCACCGGCUCAGAAGAAAAAAUCUAGCAGUGACACUUCAGGGGAAGGUUCAUCUUCCUAUACAGACACUGAAACUGAACCACAACAAAUGUCACCGGCUCAGAAGAAAAAAUCUAGCAGUGACAUUUCAGGGGAAGCUCAGAAGAAAAAAUCUAGCAGUGACACUUCAAGGGAAGGCUUAUCUUCCUAUACAGACACUGAAACUGAACCACAACAUAUGUCACCGACUCAGAAGAAAAAAUCUAGCAGUGACACUUCAGGGGAAGGUUCAUCUUCCUGCACAGACACUGAAACUGAACCACAACAAAUGUCACCAGCUCAGAAGAAAAAAUCUAGCAGUGACACUUCAGGAGAAGGUUCAUCUUCCUACACAGACACUGAAACUGAACCACAACAAAUGUCACCGGCUCAGAAGAAGAAAUUUAGCAGUGUCACUUCAGGGAAGGUUCAUCUUCCUAUACAGACACGGAAACUGAACCACAACAAAUGUCACCGGCUCAGAAGAAAAAAUCUAGCAGGUACACUUCAGAGGAAGGCUCAUCUUCCUAUACAGACACUGAAACUGAACCACAACAAAUGUCACCAGCUCAGAAAGAAAAAUCUAGCAGUGACACUUCAGGGGAAGGUUCAUCUUCCUAUUCAGACACUGAAACUGAACCACAACAAAUGUCACCGGCUCAGAAGAAAGAAUCUAGCAGUGACACUUCAGGGAAGGUUCAUCUUCCUAUACAGACACUGA